AUGCAGACUCAAACCCUCCUCCAAGGUCUGGCUUUGUCUGUCGGAUUGUAUUGGGUGGGCUGGAUAUUCUAUGCUAGAUGGCUGCAUCCCCUGGCGAAAUUCCCUGGACCGCCACUUGCGGCUGUUUCAAGGCUAUGGAUUGUGAUGAUGGUGGCCCGAGGACGUGCUGAGAAUGAGCAGCGACAACUGCAUAGGAAAUAUGCAACCGAUGAAGAGAUGCAUGCCCGGCGGCGAAGGAUCGUGAAUCAUGUCUACUCAAUGAGUAGCGUAAUCCAAGCCGAGAAAUACAUGAACGCAUGCACCGACCUCCUUGUAGAACGAUUCAGUGAAGUGGCAGACCAAGACUCCACGGUGGACCUCCACAAAUGGGCGCGAAUGUACGCGUAUGAUGUAAUUGGCGAGCUGUAUUUCGGCAAGAUGUUUGGAUUCCUGGGGGCCCGGAGGGAUCAUUUGGGUUACUUGUCUUCCACUGAUGCCUUGAUUCCAGUCAUGACACUAUCUGCCGUCAUGCCGACAUACGUUCGCCCCUUCUUCAUGCUCGGUGGUCUUCUCUUUUCACGAAUGAGAGCGUCCCUAGUUGCGCUCAAAAGCCUGACGAAGGCUGCCGACGCUACCGUCGAGGACCGUCUGGCGGAGUCCAAAGAAGUGGGCAAUGUAUCCCAACGCCCGGAUGUGCUCAAUAAAGUCCUGAAGAUAUACUGUCAGGAGGGUCAACGAGUGGACUUCGACAUGGAUGACGUUAAGAUGGAGGUGUUUGGCGCUUUCUUUGCAGGAAGUGACACCACAGCCAUUGCCUUGACCGGCGUCCUGUACCAUAUGCUGAGACACAACUCCGUCCUCGAAACUGUUCGCCAGGAGAUUGAUCGUGCCACAGAGAAUGGUGAGCUGAGCCUCCCGCGCAUCUCGUAUGAUGAAGCGGUGAAAUUACCGUACCUGAGUGCAUGCGUGAAAGAAGCGAUGAGGAUCCAUCCAAGCGUAGGCCUGACGCUCCCGCGCAAUGUGCCCGACCACGGCUGCGAGAUUGCCGGACAUUGGAUCCCUGGAAAAGCCCGCAUCGGCGUGAAUCCGGCGGUCGUGCACCUGGAUCGAACCGUGUUUGGCGAGGACGCUCUGACAUACCGACCGGAGAGAUGGCUUGGUCCCGGGGCCGAUGAAAUGAGUCGGUAUAUGAUUCAGUUUGGAGCAGGCUCCAGAACGUGCAUGGGAAAGCAUAUCUCCCUUUGCGAAAUCUACAAGGUAGUCCCAGAGCUGAUCCGGUCGUACGACUUGGAACUUGAGCUUGCGACCGAAAACCUCGCAACCACAGCAUACUGGUUCUAUAAGCCCGCAGAGGUCAAAAUCAGGGUCAGAAGACGCAAGAAUGGAAAGAUGGAUUGA